AUUAUCCUGUACGGUGUGUGACCACCUUUGUUUGUAUAACCCAGCCCGUAGACUCCCGUGUGGAAUGCUCUGUGUGUGGGGUAACCAUCCCCUGUGUGGAAUGUUCCGUGUCUAGCGCUUGCUCCUGCAGGGUGGGUUUGGCGGCUGUUUUGUUGUUGAACAUCAGACUCAGUAGAGCACAGACGCCUGACAGGAUCGUGUGAAGUCAGUCAGUGAUGAUCAGUGAUGGAGUUUCACUAGCUGUUGCUCCGGACCUGGGGAUAUCUCCUGCAUUUGAGGUGUCAUCGGACUAAACGUGAUCGCCCUGGAAGGGAUAUUGUUACCAGUGCAAGCGGUAAUUAACACGGAGUUGGGACAUCACCUGAACAUUUCACCUGAGACGCUGUAAGAAGAGGGGGUCGGUGUUCGUCAGGAGGAUCUGCCAUCGCUCCAUAUCAGGGAGAGCAGUGCAGUAUAAAGAUCGCUUUCAGGGGAACUGGUCGCCCAAAUCUUGCAGGUUCAAUUCCCAGCAGCCAUGAAGAUUGCAUCGUUUAACGUUCAGAGAUUUGGCUUGAGUAAGGUUUCCAAACCAAAUGUCCUGUCGACUCUCAUCAAGAUAGUGUCCCGCUAUGACAUCAUUGUGAUUCUGGAGGUGGUGGAUGUGAGUGGAGCUUCAGUGGAGCGUUUCGUAACGGAACUAAACAGGGUGAAUAAGCAGCACCAUUACACGCUGAGGAUCAGCAGCCGUCUGGGACGCACACGCUACAAGGAGCAGUUCCUCUUCCUGUACCGGGACGAUGCAGUGACCUUCUGGUCUCUCCGCAGGGACGAUGCAGUGAACCUGGUGGGCUCAUAUCAGUAUGAGGACUCCCAGGCAGGAGAUGAGGAUGUGUUCGCCAGGGAGCCGUACAUCCUGCGCUUCCAGUCCAUGGCAACAGAGCUGAAGGACCUGGUGCUGAUCCCUGUGCACACGAAGCCUGACGACUCGGAGCGUGAGCUGGACGAGCUGUACGACGUCUUCCUGGCGGUGAAGAAGAAGUGGAAGACUGAUAACAUCAUGAUCCUGGGCGACUUCAACGCGGACGGGGCGUACGUCUCCACCAGAGACAUGAAGACGAUCCGUAUCCGGAGCAACCCGAAUUUCCACUGGCUGAUCAAGGACGACGUGGACACCACGGCCAACACCGGCAACGAGCACACCUACGACAGGAUCGUGGUUUAUGGAGACGACAUGUUGGACGCCAUCGUGCCAAACUCAGCACAGCCGUUCAACUUCCAUACAGCUUUUAAUCUGACAGAGGAAAUGGCGCUGGACGUGAGUGAUCAUUACCCUGUUGAGGUGGAACUGAAGUGUCUUGGCUCAGAGAGAAAACAUUACACAGGAGGCUCACGCUCAGAGCUGCUCUACCUGGAGGUUCUGAAGCUGAAGAAGCAAAACCAGAUUCUGAAGAAAGAAAAACUCAAACUGCAGAUCCAGGUGCUGAAGAUGAAGAGGGCACGCUGAAGAUGAGGAGGGCUGAAGGUGAAGAUUUCACUGCAGCGGAACAUAAUAAGAUAAUAGUUUCAUUGUAAUGGCGCUGAAGCAGGGCUGCCCAACCCUGAUGAUCUGCCAUUCUGUGGGAUUUCAUUUCAACAGUAAUUAUAGAUGUUGAGUGAGGUGUGUUUUCUUACAGUUGAAGUGAAAAUCUACAGUUCCUUCCCAGGAAUAGGGUUGGGCAGUCUUUGCCAAAUAGAAAGCGGUGGGGUAUUUAACAGUUUUUAACAUUUACCUGUAGGUUUUUAUUACGGCUUCUUAUUUAUCCAAUGUUCCCUGAUUUUGGUGUGUUCAGAUGGGUCUGUAAUUUCUUUAGCAGAUGUAUUGGUAACCCUUAUUUAACCUAUAAUAUGCCGCUACAAUUGUAUCUCUCUCACACAUCACACAUACUCUGUCUCCCUCUCUUCCCAGCUUAUGAUGUAUGCCUUUCUCUAUUUCUUUCUAUAAAUAUAAUUAUGCUUUUUCCAACACUUUAUUAUUUCUGUUGCCUAUGAAAUGUGAAAGCCAUUGUAUAAAUAAAGCAUUAUUAUCUUUCUUGUA